UUUAUUAUUUUUUUAACAUGUUUUUAUUUAUUUAUUUUUGCUUGUUUUGUUAAAGGGUAGGACAUGCUCAUAUUUAGGCUUCGGAUGGCUGUAAACGCGGCAGCUCGUGCAGCCAGACAAGCGCGCGAGUUAAGUGGCGACUUCGGCUAACGGCGCGCGGAGUGGGUGUCUGGCUCGUUUCAGCAGUCGCGAGUCGCGUGCCGUGUGCGUGGGUUCCGUGGUGCCUAGACUACGGCGUGUAACAUGCACGCGGCGUCCUGCCCUUCCCCGUCUCCGACCGCGGAGUCAUGAUCUGCUGUCUUCCCGGGGACUCGUCUUCCGCUUCGAGCCGAACAGAUCUGAGCGCGUCUCGUUUCUGAUCACCGCCACCGCUCGGUCGGAUUCGUACGGACCGGAGGACCUCGCGCAGCGGCGACGGUGCCAGGCGGGCGGUGACGGCCACUUUGGCUGAUGUGGACCGGCCGUCACUCUCGACAUCGGCCUCCGUCUCAGACCCACCGGAAUGGGAUCAGUUUCUGCAGUGAGGCGACUUAAAGCCAGAAUGCCCCAGUGUGUGAGGGCUUCAUCAUAGUGAGUGUGAGACUCACUGACGGACAGAUACCACUUCUAGCGGUAAACCCAACACCUCUGCUUUCUCUGCAACCUCAGCUAAUCAAAUGCACUCUGAAAAUAAACUGACCAAUCAUGGGAAACAAGCUACUAGUGGUGCCCAGUCGCAGAUCCCCAACAUAAAUCCACAGCAGCAAGGCCCUGCCGGCAACCUGGGGUCAAAGGGCGGUGGGCCAGGGAACCAUGGAGUCAAAACCAAUCAGAUAUCUCCAGGCAACACUGGGCUGAAAAGUGUGGGCCAAUCCGGUGGCAGUGUUGGGGUGGGCGGGAUGCUGAAGACGAAGGCAAAGCGGGAGAGGACCAUCCCCAUGGAUACGGGAGACCAAAGAGACACACUCACACCAGCACUGGAGCCGGACAUGAAAGUAGAGGGCGUGGUGCGCAGCAAGCGGCGUUGUGUGCUGGAGAAGAAGCAGCCCUACAGUGGAGACGAGUGGUGCUCGGGGGCUGAGAGCGAGGAAGACGAGGAGAAACCCCCCACCAACACACAUAGAGAACGUGUGAUGCCAUGCCCUGGGCAGUCCCUCUCUGGUCUGUCUGUGGUGGGCUCAGUCAGUGAGCAGGGUGGGCCGGCUUUAGGGUGCGGUCGAGGUCCCGGGCUGCGUGCUGACCUGUCCUCUCACCCUUCACAGCAAGUAGUGUACGUCUUCACCACCAGCCUAGCGAACAGUGCUGCUGAAGCAGUUGUACAUGGCCAUGCGGACUCUAUCCUCCUGUUUCACCAGCAAAAUGUCCCCCGCACCAAACUGGACCAGUGUACUGGAGUUGGGAAGCUUCCCAGCCUAUCAGAGCACCUCAACUCAGGCAGCACUCCUCCCAUCAGCACGCCCAAAUCCCAGAGCGCCACGCCUCGGCCUGCCUCCGUGGGCGGCGUUGUUGGGGGGCACCUGGCUGGCGGAGGCACUCCCUCUUCCACUGGACACCCAGAAGGCGAGCCUCCCCAGGCUCACACCAGCGGUACCCCCAGCCACAGUAACAGCGGGGCGGUUCAUCCUGGGGGGCCAGGCCCCCAGCCAGUGGGUGGCUCAGGCUCCGUGGUAGUAGACGGGCCCGGCACGAUAAACCACCCUGGCGCAGGCGUCUCUCCCACCGCUAGCCCUUCUGUGUUGUCAGCGCACCUGCAGGGUGAACACGGCCAGCAGGGGGCACAGGGGCCUGCCGACGGCCUGUCUAAGGAGCAGCUGGAGCACCGCGAACGUUCACUGCAGACGCUCCGGGACAUAGAGAGGCUGCUCCUCCGCAGCGGGGCGGGAGGUACCCAUGGAGACACGGGGGGCCCCAACAACGGCGCCAACGUCAGCAACAACAACAACGGCGACGGGGGCCGAGGCCUGGAAGACGCGGAAGACGGCGGGGGGAACACUGGCAACACCAGCAGCCUGCAGCCCGGAAUGCCCCCUAUGGACGGACUGAAGAAGUACGAGGAGCCCCUGCAGUCAAUCAUUUCCCAAACACAGAACCUCGGUGGGCCAGGAAUGGAGGACGCCCUGAUGGUGCCACACCACAUCCUACCCUCUCACCACCACCUCCCGUCACCCUCCGGGAUGGACGCAGGGCCCAUGCUGACCCAGGAGGGGCUCACCCCGGAGCAGAUGGCCUGGAGAAAGCUGCAAGAGGAGUACUACCAGGAGAAACGGCGGCAGCAGGAGAUUAACCCCCACGCACACCCCCAGCACUUCCGGAUAAUGUCCGAGAUGGGCAUGGCGGGCGGGCCGCACCUCGUGAUGCGGGGCCCGCCUCCUCCGUAUCACAGCAAGCCUGGGGACCAGCAGUGGGGCCCGGGACCCAUGAUGGGUGGGAAUAUGAGGAUGAUGGACAUGCACCAGGAGGGGCCACGGGGGCCCAGGUUUUUGGGGCAGAUGCAGCGAGCGCACCCCGGUGGUGGCGGAUACCCAGGAAGCCCUGGUGGAGUUUUACCCAUGGAAGGGUUAGGGGCGCAAAGACCUCCCCGGCCAGGAAUGGGCUGGCUGGACGACAUGCCACCCAAUAUGGGCGGAGGAGGUUCGUUUCAUGGGUGCUAUCCUGCUGUGGGUCCUGGCGGGCCCCCACAGCACAUGCAGGGGGAUCUGGAUCGGCCCCUAACAAGGGAGGAAAUGUUCCGCAUCAUGGAGAAACGCCAGCUCCAGGGGCUCCGUAGACUGGAGCUGGAGCAGCUGUCCAGGCAGCAGGCUGGACUGGGAGGACCCAGGAUGAUGGAUAAUCCUGGUGGGCCAGGCUUCCCUAACCCUAGCAUGGGAGGAGGUCCCCCCUCUCGAGGUGACCCAAUGGACUUUCCCAGUUCUCGGGCCAUGAUGGGCUCUCCCAUUGGCGGAGCGGGCGGGGCUGGCUCUCUAAUGAGAGACAUAGUCGAUUCGUCUCUGGGGGGGAACUUGAAUAUGAAUGUCGGCAUGAAUCUGUCCCUGCAGCAGCAGCAGUUGCUGGCCCAAAAGCUUAGAGGAGGGCCUGGGGUGGACAUGCUAAGCCCAGAGGACAUCUCCCGCAUCAGGGCUGCACAGAAUGGCCGCAUUGGUGCCCACAAAGGAAUAGUCUCAGGCCCAGACGGAGCCCUUCAGUUCCCCAAUCAGGGCCCCUACCCAGGAGGGCAGGGGGACGGACCCUACCUCCAGCAGUCAGGCCCGGAGAUGUUUGGGCCUGACCAGCCAGGUCCUCCCCAGAUCAGCGGCACGUCAAGGCUCAGCCACCUGCCCAUGGACGCCGGCCCAAGGGGGGCAGACCUCGGUCCGCGCCAUCCGGCCGACCUCUCCAUCAGCGUCAACCCGAUGGGCUCCCCAGCCAUGCCCCCGCCCCACCAGCUCAAGUCUCCCUCCCUUAGUCAGGAGCCCUCUCCCCUCAUGCCCUCUCCCUCUGCACCGGGCCUGAAGUCUCCCACGCAGCUGCAGUCCUCCGGACCACCACACCCUACUCUGCCAGCAGCCUCUGGGGCAGGAACACCCUCCACGACCUCCAUGAAGUCCCCCCAGGUCAUGGGCUCGUCUCUGGGGCUCCGAUCCCCGUCCGGCUCCCCCGGACACCUCAAAUCUCCAGCCAUGCCUGUGGCCUCUCCAGGUUGGACUGCCUCACCCAAGACCGCUCUGCCCAGCCCUGGCGUGCCGCCCAGCAGUAAAGGAGUGGGCAACGGAGGGAGCAGUUCCACUGAGACAGGUAUGUCCCUGCCACCCAGGAGUUCCACCUCAACUCCCAGCAGUCAGCCUCCCAGCAUGCCUUUCACCUCGUCCCCAGACGCGCCCCCAUCCCAGAAUCCUCUGUCCCUCAUCAUGUCUCAGAUGUCCAAGUACGCGAUGCCCACCUCCACCCCGCUCUAUCACGAUGCCAUCAAGACAAUUGCCACGUCUGAUGAUGAGAUGGCACCAGAUCGGCCUCUCCUUCCUGGAGCCAGCAUGCCAGGAAACAUGGUAAACCACCAGACCACACAUAUGCUUCUGUCCUCCCAGGGCUCCAUGGGCCCUCCAAGCAGCCCUCAGAGUCCAAUGGGAAUGGUCCUCCAGGGAGCUCAGCAGUUAUCCCAUGAUCCCUCUGGGCCACUACUGCCCUCGCCUAACCCUAUGGGUAUGCCAGCGAUGAUGGGAGGUGGAGGGGGCCCUCCAGAUGGUAUAGGCCACUGCAACGUGUCACCCAUGCACCCUCCAAACCAAAUGGGUGGGUUCUCCCGCAUGCAGGGGCCUCUGCACUCCCCGAUCGGGGGAAUGGGGCAACAGUACCCCCCGCCUCCGGAUGACGUCCUUCCCCCCCAGCAGAUGCACCUUCUCAGUAAGGGCAUGCCCCACCAGCGGCCCCCUCACCCUCCAGACGCUUUUCCCUCCAUGCCCAUGGGCGAAGGGCCAGACCUGAGCGAGGUCAUCAGGCCCACGCACACGGGCAUCCCGGAGUUCGACCUGUCCCGCAUCAUCCCGUCCGACAAGCCCAGCAGCACGCUGCAGUACUUCCCCAAAAGCGAGGCCAUGUCUCAGGCCCCGCAGGCCGGCCACCCGGGCCCGCCGCCCCAGCAGACCCCUUCCACCCAGCUUCUGAAACAGCUCUCCUCCUCCGGACCCCCACACAGCGCCGCGCCCUCCUCCAACCCACACAUCGCCAACCUGCAGAACAUGAUGGCCGAGCAACAGAUCCCCCUGCACCCGCCGCACUGCGGGCUGCGCCCGGGCAUGGUCAUGGCCCAGGCCGGCUCCAGGGUCAUGGGCUCAGCCGGCGGGAUGGGGCCAGGCCCCAUAUGCCACCCGGGACACCUGCUGGGUAGGACAGGUAUGCCUCAGCAACAGCAGACACACCCUCAUCAACAACAGCAGGUCAUGAUGGCGGGCGGCCUCCUCCCGCACCAGGGCCAUCCGCCGCCAGGCAUGAUGUCGCCACAGCAACACCCACACAACCUGAUGACCCAGCAGAACCUCAUGAUGAUGCAGGCGAAGCAGAGGGGCAUGGGCAUUCCCGCUGAUCACUUUGGCCAGCAGGGGCCGCUCUUGUCCCCUCAGGGGCCCAUGAUGGUCCCUCCACACCCACAGUCGGUGAUGAUGGGGCCCCAGGGAAUCAGACAGAGAGGCAUGUCUCUGGAUAGUCCCCUGGGCUAUGGACCUGGAAGUAUGCCCUUCUGAACAUCUUUCUCUAUAAUUCUGUAAAAAAAAAAACCAACAACUUUUUUUUCUUUUCUUAUGGGUUACUUCCAGUUAUAACAUGUUUUUAUGGACGUUUAUUGAUUGUGGCAAUCAAGAUGCUAAUAUUAUUGUUAUUAGUAAUAAUCUCUUAAUUCUGAGAUAGACAAUGGGAUAAAAGGCUAAAUAUAGGGAAGUCAUUACAAUUAAGCAACAAAUUAUGAAGCCAUUUUUUAAAAUGUCUGUAAAAUAUGUAUAUUUCACAGGUCAACGUGUUUGUUGUAUGUAAAGGAGGUAACGGAAAAAGACCUCAAUUUCUAAUUCCAUUUUCUCGGGCUACCAAACUGUUGUGCAACGGAAUAUAUAAAUAUAUAUAAAUAUAAAAUCUCUAUCUAGUUGCUGUAUAUAAGAUGCGAUUUGUGCUUGUUUGCAACUGUUCUGUAUAACUGUGUUUAAUAGAAGUCUAAAAACAAAUAAUAAGAAAAAAGUCUGUUCAAA